GAACCAGUUGCGCUCGGGUUUCGUUUUUGGUUCUCAGAUGAUGCGUCCCCCAAGAGGACUAGACGAAGACCGACUGGCGAGGAAUAUGGAGAGCAACUCACUCGUGCACAUUUGGUGUCAGGAACGUAUGCGCAUUCGAUUUUUUUGUGCCUACAUGCCAAGCAGUUUGCAUCUACCUGUCCAGUACCAAUUGUCCUUACGUUGAUGGUACAACAUGAUAUAUUUGUACAACUGCACUCGUCUCCGUCUGUCCUUGCAGCCGCUAUAGUCGUAUCGAGAAGCCAAACAGCCAAUCGGUCGUUUUUUAAGAACUCGUGCAUCUGUUCAGAUUUUUCCUCGUUCUUGUCACAAAAAGUAAAUAAGUAAUCGUCCUGUUGUAGUUUGAACUCGUAGAAAUGAACACGAAUGCGGUUUCGUUUCUUAGCUAUUUAUUUUCACACUAAGUUUUCAAAUUCAAACUGUACACCUUGUUUCUCUGCGCACUUCACGUAUAUGCAGAUCGUCAUCUCCUUUAUUGCAGUUCCCUUUCCCGAGCGGGUUCCUGCCACCGCCGCCCCUUUUUUUCAAAAUAGUUAAUAGACUUUUAUUUAAAGCAGCAUGCUAACUCCUUGCUGAGCUCCUGGUUCUUGUUCUAUUUAUUUUUUACAGAUCUCGUCAUUUAUAUUCGUACCAUAAGUAACCAUCUCAUACGUAGAGGUAGACGGCGGGUGUCAACAUUUUCUUCUUUCUAUUUCGCCGACCUUCAUCACCGCCUUUAUUCUUUCUACGUCAUUUUCUCACGUGGACCUCCGUCGGAACUGUCUUCAAUGGACAACAUGAGUACUAGGGCCCCACCCACGUUGCAGGAGGUGAUGCCGCAAAAAUUGUCUAGUUGCUACUGCGCCACCUCCACUCUUCCGAAGCAGUACCCGCCGACCGGUGUCCUGGCGGACGCCAGCGACCGGUUUUCGCAGAACGUGUGGCAGACCUUUUACUGCGAAACCUGUGGGCUGCCCUUGCCAAGAGAUCCGCUGGAGGCGAAAAAGGAGAGUGAGGUGCUGGAUUACAUGGUACGGGAAGCACUGGUGAAAGCGCUGGAGGAGAUAAAAAUCGUGUCCGGAAAAAAGGAUGACACGAUGCUAAAGUUGAAAUUUUACCAGCAGUUGCAAAAACUGGACGAGCCGUCGGACGAGAGUAAAUUAGCCAUGGAAAAAGCCUUGCAAAGGUACAAACAACCGCCAAAGCCGAUCACUUUGACGUGAUUUUUAGCAGAAUAAGGAAUUACUGCUUUAAUAUCUGCAUACUAGGAACUUGCUUUUGAAAUGCGUCUCUACUUGAUUUGUUUGGUCGGGCGACCAGUAUAGAAGCUCUGGUUGAUGUCGAU